CAUUCCUAAUACUAUAGGAACAGCAAUAUUUAGAAAAAAAAACAGUCAUAUUUGUUUGAAAAACUUUUUUCUCAGCUUUGAAGAGGUUACUUUGAGAACAAGCAUGAGAAGGCCACAGCUGUCAUUUUCAGUCUCGGCCUAAAGCCCAAGAAAGAAAAAGGCCUAAACCCCUUAGGCCCUUAACGCCACCAAGAGUCCAACACCAAGCCGCACCAGAUCUCCCUCUCCCGAACCCCAGCGCCGCCGCCGCCGCCGCCGCCGAUCGCAUCGGGCCGCCAUGGAGGACGUCGUCACCGACGCGCCGCCGCCGUCCCGCUUCUCCCCGGACGACCUCGACAACUUCGCCGCUCCACCGCCGCAGCCCACCCCUAUCCUCGUCGUCUCCCCCGCCAACCCUAGCCCCGCCCCGCGCCGCCUCCUCAUCCUCCUCAUCUCCCCGACCUCGCUCGCGCUCCUCCCCCACCUCCCCUCGCCGCCUCCGCUGCACGCCUCCCUCCUCCUCCCCGAGCUCCCCCUGGGGCGCUCCCAGCCACCCAUCCGCGUGUAUCUCCAUGCCCCCUCGGGCACCCUCCUCGCCGCCGCACACGGCCCCGCCCCCGUCCCCGCCCACCGCGCGCGCGCCGUCGCCAGGAGCCUCGUGUCCGCCCUCCAGCCCGAGGAGGUGCUGGUGCUCGACGCGGUCCGGAGCGGGGCCUACAGGGGCAGGCUCGCCGCGGACGAGCCCGUGGAGGGGAAGCUGGAGACCAGGGCGGCGCGGGGGCGGGGAGGCGUCGGCGCGGCCCGCGGCGUGGCGGCGCUGGCCCCGCCCGGGAGCGUGGUGGACGGGCUCGGCGCCGCGGUGUUGGCGGAGUGCGAGAUGCGCGGGAAGGCGGCGAGCAUGGUGGUGACGUGGCCGGAGGGCGCGAGGCCGGCGGAGUUCGGCGUCAUGCGGCGCGUGGCGGCGGAGCUCGGCGUCGACCCGGCCAAGGCGGCGGCCGGGAGGGUCGCCGGCCGGGCCGAGCUGGACGCGCUGUACACUUGAGUUGAUUCGCUCGUUUUUUCGCUGUGAUUGUGUUGCACGGUUGCUCGUGAUGAGUUUGUAAUGGAGAAAGAAAAAACUGGGAUUAUAUGUGUGACAAAGAUGAUUUCUUUGUGUUUUGAGACUAUCUGCCUCAUGGAUUCUUAAUAUGCAAAGCAAACAAUUUUCUGGUUU